AGUGUCGGCUAAGGGGAUUGCGGGAAACCUGCCCAGCUGCGCCCUGUGUGUGACUGAUCGCGUGCGUUUCGGAAGAGUGAGAUCUGACUUGGGAAUUCUCCUUGGGGGAGUAUUUCUGCGUCCUCCGCGAUGAGGCGCUCCCUGGCUUGGGACCACUGAACAGAUAUUACGGAGGAGAAAGCCGAGGUCCAGAGUGGACCCCAGAUCCUCAGAGGCCAGGGUCUACAGGUACAGACUACAAGGCUUCGGAGAAAGAAAAGGGUUGAGUCAGUCGCUGCAGUACGGUAACAUUUCACAGGCUGAAGAGUCAGAGGACCAUCCUUGCUGCACGUGCGCAGUAACUCUGGCUGCACAGCGGAGCCCCCGGAUAACACGGUCGCCCCCGCAACAUGGCAGACGAAGACCUCAUCUUCUGCCUGGAAGGUGUUGACGGUGGCAGGUGCUCCCGAGCUGGCCACAAUGCGGACUCUGACACAGACAGUGACGAUGAUGAGGGCUAUUUCAUCUGCCCCAUCACUGAUGACCACAUGUCCAAUCAGAAUGUCAGCUCCAAAGUCCAGAGCUACUAUAGCAACCUAACAAAAACAGAGUGCGGCUCCACAGGGUCACCAGCCAGCUCCUUCCACUUCAAGGAAGCCUGGAAGCAUGCGAUCGAGAAAGCCAAGCACAUGCCUGACCCCUGGGCUGAAUUCCAUCUCGAGGACAUCGCCACAGAACAUGCUACUCGGCACAGGUACAACGCUGUCACCGGGGAAUGGCUGAAAGACGAGGUUCUGAUCAAGAUGGCGUCUCAGCCCUUCGGCCGUGGAGCAAUGAGGGAGUGCUUCAGGACGAAGAAACUCUCCAACUUCUUGCACGCCCAGCAAUGGAAGGGGGCCUCCAACUACGUGGCCAAGCGCUACAUCGAGCCGGUGGACAGGAGCGUGUACUUUGAGGAUGUGCAGCUCCAGAUGGAGGCGAAGCUCUGGGGGGAGGAUUACAAUCGGCACAAGCCCCCCAAGCAGGUGGAUAUCAUGCAGAUGUGCAUCAUUGAGCUAAAGGACAGACCAGGCCAGCCCCUCUUCCACUUGGAGCACUACAUUGAGGGCAAGUACAUCAAGUACAAUUCCAACUCAGGCUUUGUCCGUGAUGACAACAUCCGACUAACCCCACAGGCCUUCAGCCAUUUCACAUUUGAGCGUUCUGGUCAUCAGCUGAUUGUAGUGGACAUCCAGGGUGUGGGUGACCUUUAUACCGACCCACAGAUCCACACUGAGAAAGGCACUGACUUUGGAGAUGGUAACCUUGGUGUCCGGGGAAUGGCUCUCUUCUUCUACUCUCAUGCCUGCAACCGGAUUUGUCAGAGCAUGGGCCUUACGCCCUUUGACCUCUCCCCACGGGAACAGGAUGCGGUGAAUCAGAGCACCAGGCUAUUGCAAUCAGCCAAGACCAUCUUGAGGGGGACAGAGGAGAAGUGUGGGAGUCCCCGCAUAAGGACACUCUCUAGCAGCCGGCCCCCUUUGCUCCUUCGCCUGUCAGAGAACUCCGGGGAUGAGAACAUGAGUGACGUGACCUUUGACUCUCUGCCUUCCUCCCCGUCUUCAGCUACACCACACAGCCAGAAACUGGACCACCUCCAUUGGCCAGUGUUUGGUGACCUCGAUAACAUGGGCCCUAGAGACCAUGACCGCAUGGACAAUCACCGGGACUCUGAGAAUAGUGGGGACAGUGGGUAUCCAAGCGAGAAGCGAAGUGACCUGGAUGAUCCUGAGCCCCGAGAACACGGCCACUCCAACGGCAACCGAAGGCAUGAAUCUGACGAGGAUAGCCUGGGCAGCUCUGGACGGGUCUGUGUGGAGACGUGGAACCUGCUCAAUCCCUCCCGCCUGCACCUGCCGAGGCCCUCGGCCGUGGCCCUAGAAGUGCAGAGGCUAAAUGCCCUGGACCUUGGAAGGAAAAUCGGGAAGUCUGUUUUGGGGAAGGUCCAUUUGGCCAUGGUGCGAUACCACGAGGGCGGGCGCUUCUGCGAGAAGGAUGAGGAGUGGGAUCGAGAGUCAGCCAUCUUCCAUCUGGAGCAUGCAGCUGACCUGGGAGAACUGGAGGCCAUCGUGGGCCUAGGCCUCAUGUACUCUCAGCUGCCCCACCACAUCCUGGCUGAUGUCUCUCUGAAGGAGACAGAGGAGAACAAGACAAAAGGCUUUGAUUACUUACUGAAGGCGGCAGAAGCUGGUGACAGGCAUUCCAUGAUUUUAGUGGCCCGAGCUUUUGACACUGGCCUGAACCUCAGCCCAGACAGGUGUCAAGACUGGUCGGAAGCCUUGCACUGGUACAACACAGCCCUGGAGACAACAGACUGCGAUGAAGGCGGGGAGUACGAUGGGAUACAGGACGAGCCCCAGUACGCACUGCUGGCCAGGGAGGCGGAGAUGCUGCUCACCGGGGGAUUUGGACUGGACAAGAACCCCCAAAGAUCAGGAGAUUUGUACACCCAGGCAGCUGAGGCAGCAAUGGAAGCCAUGAAGGGCCGGCUAGCCAACCAGUACUACGAGAAGGCGGAAGAGGCCUGGGCCCAGAUGGAGGAAUAACUGCCCCACAGAAUCACUGCCAAGGAGAAAGGCUGGGGAAGGGAGGAUGGGACUCAUUUCUAGGGAGGGGAGAAGCAGUUUUAUUAUGGUAUAAACUCACUUUUGUAUUCCGUUUUCUCACUCUUGAUAGCCUUUGCAGCUGGCCGAGACAUUAUAACUGCCCUUUUAGUGGUGGUACUUUGGGGGAAGUGGGGGGUUGAAGAUGCAGCCUAAUGAGUCUCUUUCCCGUCCUCCACCCCCCGGUUUUCCCUUUUUCAUCCUGAGAUGUAAGCAAGUAUCUUUCUGUCUGGAUGAUCAGACAGUAUCAGGGCUUCUCUCGCCAGCCUUUGCAGGCAGGACUCACAUCUCAGGGUCUCCAGGCCAUGUGCUGGGAAACCUUUCUAUUGGCUUUCCACAAUGGGUCUUUCUUUCAGUUUUGAGAGCGGUAUGUUGUUUUUUUGUUUGUUUCCUCCAGUGGAUGUGAGAUGGUUCAAUACCCAGGCUCCUUCAUGCUGGGGGAGAUAGUUGUAUAACUUUCACUUAAUGCCCUUCCACUGGACAUGUGAUUCCUGGCAUCCUUCUAAAUUUUUUUUUUUUAGACCUGCUAUGUAAUAUAGAUUUUUCAAAAACAGGUUUGGCCUUUAUACAUGCGUAUUUACUACCUCUGAGUCUUGCAUUGGGGGUGUGGAAGCAGCUGUACCUCAAAGCAUUCACAGUAAGACCAUGGCUUAGGAGCUGGGCAACUUUCCUCCAAACAGAAGUGCCCUCUGUACACCAUGGCCACAUCCACUACGUGACUGAAGCAUCCUUGUGCAGAAUUCCAUGGCCGUUUGGCCGUUUCUUAAUGUGAUGUUUCUUGGACUCCGCCCUCAGCCUGCUGUCCUUGUCAUUUUCUGCUUGAGACUAGGUUUUCCUUACUUAACACGAGGUCAUCUGCAGCAAGCGGCCUCCAGCUGCAGCCCCUUGGGAUUUGUCUAAGAUGUUUGAGAAUGAGGGGACAAGAGUCUAAACACUGACUGGGUUAGGACAUUUCCCCAGGGUCAGUCUGGGACUUUGAUGAGCUUCCUCUUUAAAAGGAGUUCAGAUUUCAUGGGAGUGCUAUUCCAGCCACAGGGAAAUGGCCCGCUUUGAUUUGACCACUGAUAUUAGAUCUACCGCCUCUAUCUUUGCUUAAAAAACAGAACAGCAGAGUGGGACAUGCAAGCCAUCCUCACCUGUUGGCUAAAACAGGCCUUUUAAGGAUUUCACUAUUGAGUUUGCCCAAUCAAAAACUUGUAGAAGCAGUAGAUUGUAAAGUCUAGGGUGUAUGUUCUUUGAGGGAAAAAUCAGAGUCAGUUUAACCUUGGGGGCUGGAGGCCAUGGUAUACAUCUGUAAUCCCAGCAUUCAGGUGGUAGAGGCAGAAGGAUCAAAGUUUGAGACCAGCCUAGGCUAUGUAAUGAGACCCUGCCCCCAAAAAACAAACAAGGAAAAGAGCCAGUUAGAUGGCUCAUGGAUGAAGCUCCUGCCGACCCUCACCUGACAAUCUGAGUUCUGUUCUUGGGACCCACGCGUGGAAGCAGGGAACAAACUCCUGCAAGUUGUCUUCUGAUCUUCACUUGUGUGCUGUGUCCCGAGAGAGCCCCCAUACACACACACACACACACACACACACACACACACACACACACACACACACAAACAACAGUAAGAGAAAUGAGAUAGCAAAAACUACCCUUGAAAAUUCCUUUCAUCUACCUGCAAGUUCCAAAAUCCCUGGAUUUGCAUUUGAAGCCAUAACUUCUGAUUCUCUCUGACAGAUUGGCCCUUGUCCGUUUUUUUGUUUUUGUUUUUGUUUUUUAAUUAGUACCAGAACAGUAGCUGGUUUGCGUUGUCCUGUGGGUGUUCUAACAUAGUGUAUAUGUUAAACAUAAGAAGCAGUUUAUUGUGACAUAAUCUCUCAGAGUAACUGUCAUAUAAGUUGUGGUGUGUGUGUGUGUGUGUGCUGGUCAGCAGACAACCUCAAUUUUGUUCCUCAGGAGCUGGCCACCUUUUUCCAUUGAGUCUCUCACUGGCCUAGAACUUGCCAAAUAGGCUCUGCUGGCUGACCAGUGAACUCCAGAGAUCUGUCUGUCUUAUCCUUUCUAAUUCUGGAAUUGUAAACUCGAAUCCUUCACUCAUUGAUUAGUCCUUGUCUGGAUCACUUAAAGCCUCAGGCCUGCAGUUCCCCCAACCACGUGGCCUUCAUGUGGAGAAGUGGUCUCUUUCUCCUCCAAGAGACUGGGAUAGCCUGGUGCACAGCUAAGCAAAUGCCUCUUUAAGGACCCUUGCGAAUGAAAAGAGAGCUUGGAGAGCCUGCUGGGUAAUAUUGCCACUUGGAGGCUGAAGCAGGAUUGUGAGUUUGGAGCCAGCCUGGGCUAUUUACUAAGACUGUGUCUCAAAAAGAAAAAGCCCUGGAAACUGGAGAGAUGCCUCAGUGGUUAAGAUCAUUGGCUGCUCUUCCAGAUGACCCAGGUUCAAUUCCCAGCACCCACAUGGCAGCUCACACCUGUCUGUAAUUCCAGUUUUAAGGAUCCGAUGCUCUCCCACAACCAUGCAGGCCAAACGCCGAUGGACAUAAAAAUAAAUCAUAAAAAAAAAAAAUAGUUCAAACCUGUAAUCUCAGCACAGCACUUGGGAGGCUAAAAUGGAAGGGUCACUGGGAGUUUUAUGCCAGAUUGGGCUACAUCAUGACUUCCACAUAAGCCUAAGUUACAGAGUGAGAUUCUGUCUUUAAAAUUAAUGGCUGUUUCUCCUUCCAAACUUAGUCUUAGACCUUCAAAAGCUGGUCAGGGCAUCUUCUCUUUCCAUAUAGGCUGGGCAUGACAAGAACAAGCCGACAGGAUUCAGCUCUGGCAGGGAGACGCCAGUGCCUGGCACUGAUGAUCAGUUCUGUCUUCCAGUGCUCAAAGCAGGUAACAGCCUCGAUUAACAGAGCUGAUAUGCGUGCUUUCAUCUCAGAGACAGAAACCAGGCUACAGUGGUGCUGUUCCUUGAGGCUGAGCUGGAGCUAGGGGCCAGAGAGCUGCUGUUUCCAGAGCACUCUAGGAAUAAAGACAUUUAACUGUACUGUGAUGGCGCAUUCCAUUUUGCAACAGGUAUCAGGGAAAUUUCAAUGAGACAGGAUUAGAGUAUGUGCUUAGCAUACAGCCAAGGUCCUGGGUCUGGGCCCCAGCACUGCAAGGAAAAUAUACAAGCUUUAUGAGUGUAAAAAAGAAACAUUCUCCAACUCACUACUUCAGAAGAAUCCUGCUCUCUGCACGCUGGGCCAGCCUUGGCUACUUAGUGAUUUCCCCAUCUGUCCUUGCUGACCGUCAUCCCAGCAUCUUUGUAUCAGUAAGUGUGGUUUGCAGAUUCACAAACGUUUGCACAGGUCUGUGCAGCUCGAGAUGGAAGUGAAUCGGGGGCGGGGGGAGGGUACAAAUUUACCCAUUCCCUGCUUGGAUUUGUGCCUCUUCCUUAACGUUUUGUCUCUGACCUCAAGGCAACUGGCUGAAGUGUGGCUGCAAUUGUGUGUGUAUCAGAUUUUAGCUUCUCUUCCCCAACAGUUUGGGUUUUUUUCUGAAAUAUCUCAAACUCACACAUUCCCCCUCCCUAUGAAAACAUACAAAUCAAGAAAUGAGUAUGUAUCUACAUGGAGGCUGAAGUGAGCCGCAGCGUGCAUGGAUCGAAGAGCGGAUGUGCUCACCUUCAACAUGAGCUCCAUCGCCCACAGUGUGGGCCCAACGUGGUCCCAUGCUGGCUUUUCACAGUAGAAAAACUUCUUAAUAUGAUAGCCAUUGGUUUUUAACAUCUGUAAUAAAUUCCAAUAAAGAAAGCCUUUCCGACCUGG